AUGGCCAUGUCUCGCCACAACCAUCAUGUCUGCCGCCACACUAACCACGUCUGCCGCCACGGCCACCACCGAUGCCGCAGCAUCCCCUUCGGCCCCAUGCACCGCAACCCAGUCCCAGUUCCCGCGCACCCAGCCACAGAAUGGGACUACGCGCCCCAAGACUUCGAAGACGUCGUCAUAAAGUGGGGUCCCUACACCACCGACGACCUCGUUAAAGCCUCACCGCACUACACCAAGAUCACCGUCGACGUCGAUCCCUACGCCAAACUGCAAUUUCCUGAGAGGUGGGAGAGUACGGAGCGCGUCAUUCAUGCUGUGCAUCCGAUUCCGAGGGCGGAUCUGGAGGAUUUGGGGCCGAAUUGCAUGAGGCAGCUUGGUGAGCGGUUGAAGAGUGGGCGUGGGGCGAGAGAUGCGGAGUUUGAGGCUGCAGUGCAGAGGACGCUGAAGAGAAUUGAUGAUGCGCUUGAGUUUUACUUUUGCGUGGAGAGGCCGGGUGCGAGGGUGGUUAGUGAACAGUAA